GCAGACAGAGGGACAGUCUGGACUCUUUCCGUCUCAGUUUCUUUUGUAACUUUAGGAUUUCGCCUUUCUUUCUUUUCAUUUCGCUGGUCCUAAAGAUUUGUUCAGAUAUCUUUUCUGCACAUCUGCGUCUCCCUGUGACAGUAAAUCCUCACAGGGUCCCGUUGCUGUGCCCACCCACAUUAGAAGGAUUUCAGGGAGGGACUCUGCUUUUCAACAUUUAACCAGUGAGCAGCCCCAUCCGGCUGAGACAGAGGGCUUUUCAAACCCUGAAGAAGAACCUGCUCUGUGAGCGCAGUGAUGUCCUCCAGCGCAUGACGAGCUGCUUAUGAUGGAUGGAUGUGCUUGUUGCGCGGAUCUUCUGUCGAGCUCUUCCCCUCUCAGCCCGCCGGAUCAGGUUGUUGAUAGCUGUGAGGUGAAAUAAGUCCGAGGUGGUUAUUUCCGAGCCUCUGUUGGUGUGGAUGGACAGAUCAGGAGAGCAUAUGCAACACUGUGGGAGCUCCGUUGGAUUUAUUCACCUCAUCCUCCUGGGAUUUAUGUGCCUCUUGAUCGGAUGAAAUAAAGAGGAGAAUGUAUGGAAUAAACCAGCGCUGUAUUUACAUAUCAUUUCAUUUUUUCGUGCUGUGGUGCCAUGCUCAGGGGGAGAAUCACCCGUCUCCUAAUUUUAACCAGUAUGUGAGGACGCAGGGCGCAGUGACGGACCAGCUCAGCCGCAGGCAGGUCAGGGUUUACCAGCUCUACAGCCGCACCAGCGGAAAACACGUCCAGAUUCAGGGCAAAAGGGUCACCGCCACAGCUGAGGAUGGAAAUAUGUUCGCUCGUCUUUUUGUGGAGACGGAUACUUUUGGCAGUCGCGUGAGAAUCCGAGGUGCAGAAAGUGGGCGCUACCUCUGCAUGAACCGGAAGGGGAAACUAGUUGGAAAGCCCAACGGCCGGACCAGGGAUUGUAUCUUCACAGAGAUCGUACUGGAGAACAAUUACACAGCCUUCCAGAAUGCCAAGUAUGAGGGCUGGUAUGUGGCUUUCACCAGGAAAGGGAGGCCCAUCAAAGCCUCUAGGACGAGGGAGAACCAGAGGGAGGUCCAUUUCAUCAAGAGGCUCCACACGGGCCCGCCCCCCUUCCCCAACACGGACCAAAGCAAACACUUUGAGUUCAUCCGAUUUCCGGCCACACGUCGAGCAAAGCGGAACAGGAAAUCACGUACCUCUUCCUAACAUGCAGCAAAAAAUGGACUGAUGACAGUUGUGACAUGGGAAGAAACAGAUGCCAUUUUAUUUUUGUAUAUUUUUGAUGGUUAAAAUGCCAUAAAUCUAAAGUAAUAUUGCUGUAAAAUGAUGAUGUGUAAAUACUGAAAGAGAGUAAAGAAGAUGGAUUAUAUGUAAUAGUCCAGUGUGUAUGUGUUGACUGGUGGAGAGGGGUUAGUGAGACUUAAGUACCGGUCAGAUCAUUCCUGUGACACGGCCCAAUCCCAUUAUCAAGGUUAAAAAACUGCUCAACGGAUUUUACAUGCGGCACAAACUGAGAACACAAGUCA